UACCCGCACCUUGCACCUUGCGCGUGCGCCACCACGCGAUGCUCCUCUCCGGCGUUGCUAGGCGGCGAUUCGCUGCGCCUGGUGCAUUGCGCGCUGCCUCCGUCAGGAGAUCUGUUCUCGGCAGCAGCAACAGCACUAGAGGCUGUCAAGCCGCUCCCCGCUCUGCUAGUAGGCUCGCCUCUACCCUGCCCGAUGUGUGCGGCCUGCCCGUAGUCACCACCAGCUGGCAAGCCAUCAAGAGCCUCGAUGACGCGUAUACGGAGUACGCCAAUCUCAGCGGAGACCCGUUCCUGCGGACCCAGGAGGCCCUCGAGCACGACUCCUCUUGCGUCAUGGCGCACUGCUUCCGCGGGCUGCUCGCCGCCCUCAGCCAAUCAGACCCCGACGCCGUCGCCGGGUGCCUCGCUGCCGCGGAGAGGGGGCUGCAGCUUCAGGGGAUUGACGUUGGCGACGGUGACGAUGCCGCCCGUGCCAAGGAGGGGGAGAGAGAACGGGUGUUCGCCGCUACUCUGAGGGCGUGGUGCGGUGGACGCUGGCGCGAGGGAGCGCUGCACCUGGAGACGUGGCUCAUGUCGGCGCCGGUGGACCUGCCGGCGCUAAAGCUGUCGCAGGACGCUCACCUCACCCUGGGCGAUAGCGCCAACAUGAGAGACUGCGUCGGAAGGGUGCUCCCCUUCUGGUCUGACGCGACUUUCGGCUACGGAAACGUGCUGGGCAUGCACGCUUUCGGGCUAGUGGAGAACGGCGCCUACGCGUUGGCGGAGGAGCGGGCGGACAUGGCCCUGGCGAUUCAGAGGACGGACAUCUGGGCGGUGCACGCCAUGGCGCACGUUUUCGAAAUGGAGGCCAGGGCGAGCGAGGGCUGCUCGUUUCUAACGGAGUGCAGGGACAAGUGGGAGGACACGGAGGGGCCGCUGCAGCAGCACAUGGCCUGGCACCUCGGGCUGUUCUCCUUGGAGAGGGGCCAGGAAGCGCGAGCGACGAGGGUGUUCGAUACGCUUCUGGCACCCCCAAGAGAGGGGGGUACGCUGGACGGGGCGCUUCUGCUCCCGCCCCCCGCCCCUUUCGCGUUGACGGACGCCUCAAGCCUACUGUGGAGGAUGGAUUUGUUGGGAGUGGAGACCGGGGCUUCGAGAUGGCGCGGUGUCGCGGAGGCUUGGCUCCAGUACCAGCACGCGCGACACCUCUCCACGUUCCACGACCUCCACGCCCUGAUGGCGUUCGCGGCCAUGGCCAACGGCGUUGAAGACGAUGCUGAGGCGGAGUACUGGGAGUCCAGGACCCGGGAACUACUAGAGUCCAUGGGAGAGUAUGUCAAGAGCGGAGGAGAAGCCCCUGCGGCGGCAAGGCGACGACGACAACCACCAGCGCCAGCAGGUGGCUCGGAGCCAACACCAGCGUCCACAGCAGCAACGCCGACUGCGGCGCCCGUUGAACUCCACGCGUUCCCGGUCAGCCGAAACCGUGGCGUUGGGGGGGACGCGGAUGAGGGGGGCGUGGAGGGUCCCCCGGACAACUUAUGGGUGGCGGAGCACGUUGGCCUGCCGUUGUGCCGCGCGAUGGCUGCGUACCGGGGGGGCGAGUUUGACGAGGCGGUAUCGCUGCUGCUGCCCCUGCGGUAUCACCUCGACGCCAUCGGUGGCAGCAAGGCCCAGCAGGAUGUGGUGCACCUAACCCUUCUAGACGCGGCCUUGCGGCUCCCAGAGAAGGCCACGGUAGCGAGAACGCUGGUGUGCGAGCGUCGACUGCAGCGGCCCACGAGCGGGCGAGCCUGGGAGGCGUUCGCCACGGUGAUGGAGAGGGACGGUGACAUGCGCCAAGCCUUCGAGGCCCGAAAGCUGUCGUUCGAGUUCGGCAUCGGCCAGGGCGGGGUCGGCGCAAACUAAGACAAGUCGGCUUCAGAGAACACCGCUUUGGAAGCAAGAGUGUCUCGAUAUCACUCCAAAUCAUACCCCGUCCACGUUUGACGAGCCUAGGUGACGCAGAAUCGCUCAGCACAGACAGGGGUAUUGGCCGCACAGCAGUUGCCUACGGCCUUCCAGCAUGGAGAUAUUGAAAUGCAUGCAUCGAGGCCGUACGUGCUUUUAGAUCGUAGCACCAAAACUCGAAAAUUCUCAGAAGUGCGUCAAGGCUGUUUUUCCAUCAUGUCAUGUUUCCUCCACACCUGGAGGAACAACACACUUGAGGAGGUCUGCCUGUGCUGUACCUUUUUUCGGCGUCCCAAUCGAGUGACCGCGAAGAAGAGAGGUAGACUUUGUUCACUGCGGUGGUCCACGAUCAGUGUUGGACUUCCUUGUUGCGAGAGAGAAGACUUAGCAGUUAGUUGCCUCUCAAGUCGACGUACUUCUCGCACAUCGUUCGCCCCAGGCGCAGCCAGUAUAGAUCAGACCCUCGCUGGCAGGCUGCUGAUCGUUCUACAACCAUGUACUUUUAUGAUAGGAGAGGCGUAUAUCGCCCCAUUCGCUGUGGACUCGUUUUGACUCGGGCGUAUUUCGCAGUAUUUCGCCGUCUUUGGGGGUGCGGGAUUUUUGUCGGCCUCUACGACGGUGGUGGGUGCUGAUGGCUUCUGCUCACGAAGGCAUGCAGGUGGCGUGUGGGGUGGUGAACACGGGUGGUUACGACCGUGAACGGUGUGCCACGACGGCAGCAAAUAGUGGGACAUGUCCAAUC